AUGGCACAGAAAGGAGUUCAGCUGGACCGAGAAACCUUCUCUUGUUCCAUCUGUUUGGAUCUACUGAAGGAUCCGGUGACUGCAGCCUGUGGACACAGCUACUGCAUGAACUGUAUUAAAAGUUUCUGGGAUGAAGAGGACAGGAAGGGAAUCCACAGCUGCCCUCAGUGCAGGAAGACUUUCACACCGAGGCCUGUCCUGGAGAAAAACAUCAUGUUAGCAGCUUUAGUGGAGCAGCUGAAGAAGACUGGACUCCAAGCUGCUCCAGCUGAUCACUGCUAUGCUGGACCUGAAGAUGUGGCCUGUGAUGUCUGCACUGGGAGGAAGCUGAAAGCCAUCAAGUCCUGUUUAUCUUGUCCAGCCUCUUACUGUGAGAAACACCUCCAACCUCACUAUGAUGGAGCUCCAUUAAAGAAACACAAGCUGGUGGCCCCCUCCAAGAAGCUCCAGGAGAACAUCUGCUCUCGUCAUGAUGAGGUGAUGAAGAUUUUCUGUCGUACUGAUCAGCAGAGUAUCUGUUAUCUCUGCUUGAUGGAUGAACAUAAAGGCCAUGAAACAGUCCCAGCUGCAGCAGAAAGGACUGAGAAGCAGAAGGAGCUCGAGGUGAGACGACUAAACAUCCAGCAGAGAAUCCAGGAGCGAGAGAAAGAUGUGAAGCUGCUUCAACAGGAGGUGGAGGCCAUCAAUGGCUCUCCUGAUAAAGCAGUGGAGGACAGUGAGAAGAUGUUCACUGAGCUGAUCCGUCUCAUCCAGAAAAGAAGCUCUGAUGUGAAGCAGCAGGUCAGAUCCCAGCAGGAAACUGAAGUGAGUCGAGUCAAAGAGCUUCAGGAGAAGCUGGAGCAGGAGAUCGCUGAGCUGAAGAGGAAAGACGGCGAGCUGGAGCAGCUCUCACACACAGAGGAUCACAACCAGUUUCUACACAACUACCCCUCACUGUCAGCACUCAGUGAGUCUACACACUCAUCCAGCAUCAAUAUUCGUCCUCUGAGCUACUUUGAGGAUGUGACAGCAGCUGUGUCAGAGACCAGAGAUAAACUACAGGACAUUCUGAGAGAGGAAUGGACAAACAUCUCACUGACAGUCACUGAAGUGGAUGUUUUACUGUCACCAGAGCCAAAGACCAGAGCUGGAUUCUUAAAAUGUUCACGUGAAAUCACACUGGAUCCAAACACAGCAAACAAAUAUCUGUUAUUAUCUGAGGGGAACAGAAAAUCUGCAUCCUGGACCCUGAGCAGAUACAAGAAUGAGCACCAGGCUGAAACAGUCACAGCAGGGAUUCAGCAACUCAGAGUCAGCAUACAGUCAAAGACAAAUCAAGGAGGCCGUUCACAAGUCCAUAAAUCAUAA